UCUGGAAACUCCCUGUUCCUUCCUGUGUCCAGGGUACUUUCCCUUUAUGUUCUUGUUGUUUCACAGCUUCUUCUUCUCUCCAUUUAAAGAGAUGAAGGUAGAACGACUCUGGGGGCUGAUGUGGAUGUGAGUUCAGCAGGAGCUACCAUGGUAACAUAAUUGAUUUGGGAUUAUUGGACUAGCUGCCGCGGCUUGCUCUGACUGAUAUAGCACUUGUAAAAAUAAGAGCAUUUAAAAUCCAAGAUUCCAAGUCAGUCAAAUAGAAGUGAAAAAGUGAUUCAGAUGAGUGUAUUUAGUAUUUAGGUGGAUGAGCUGUUUCCUCCAGUCAGAGCUCUGUGCGUUUGUCAUGUGACUGAGAGGGCUGAUGACAAUAAUAUGUGAGCUCUCCCGGCAGGUUAUUGUGUGUGAAGGUGUGGCCUCUGCUAUGAAACAGUGUGAGGGCAGAGAGGAGGGAGUCCCUCCCUCUAAAACCACUGGAGAACAUGACACAAGGACCAAAGCCCAGAGUCCAGAGCAGCAACACACACCAGACUUUCCUGGACCUGAACCUGCACAUAGCUGUGUGUCCAUGAGUGAUGCAUCAAUGGAGCCUCCUCUGGUUUUUAAUCUACCUGAUGAUGGAAGUCCAGAGCAGCAACACACACCAGACUUUCCUGGACCUGAACCUGCACAUAGCUGUGUGUCCAUGAGUGAUGCAUCAAUGGAGCCUCCUCUGGCUUUUAAUCAACCUGAUGAUGGAAGUGUCGGCGAGGAGAGCUCAGAGGUUCCCAGUGAUCAGACACACCUGGACUCCAUAUUUAGGCUGCUGGAGGAGAACAUUGUUGAGUUUGUGAAGAGUGAGCUGAAGGAUAUCCAGAAGUGUCUGAGUUCAGGUUAUCCAGAAUGUUUAAAUAGCAGAGAGGAAGAGGAUGCGUUGGAUGUUGAGGAGGAAGAGCACAGGAGGAGCAGAGAGGCAUUUCUGAAGAUCACACUGCACUUUCUAAGGAGACAGCAUCAGGUGGAGCUGGCUGACCGUCUGCAGAGUAGAUAUCCUGCUCCAGUUUGUCUCCAGCAAAAACUUAAAUCUUCCUUGAAGGACAAGUACCAGUGUGUGUUUGAGGGGAUCGCUAAAGCAGGAAACCCAACCCCUUUGAACCAGAUCUACACAGAGCUCUACAUCACAGAGGGAGGGACUGGAGGGAUCAAUAAUGAACAUGAGGUCAGACAGAUUGAAACAGCAUUCAGGAAACCACACAGACCAGAAACAACAAUCAGGCACGAAGACAUCUUUAAACCUCCACCUGGAGGACAUCACCCAAUCAGAGCAGUGAUGACAAAGGGAGUGGCUGGCAUCGGAAAAACAGUCUUGACCCAGAAGUUCACUCUGGACUGGGCUGAAGACAAAGCCAACCAGAACAUACAGUUCACAUUUCCAUUCACCUUCAGAGAGCUGAAUGUGCUGAAAGAUAAAAAGUACAGCUUGGUGGAACUUGUUCAUCACUUCUUUACUGAGACCAAAGAAGCAGGAAUCUGCAGGUUUGAAGAGUUCCAGGUUGUGUUCAUCUUUGACGGUCUGGAUGAGUGUCGACUUCCUCUGGACUUCCACAACACUGAGAUCCUGACUGACGUUACAGAGUCCACCUCAGUGGAUGUGCUGCUGACAAACCUCAUCAGGGGGAAACUGCUUCCCUCUGCUCGCCUCUGGAUAACCACACGUCCAGCAGCAGCCAAUCAGAUCCCUCCUGAGUGUGUUGACAUGGUGACAGAGGUCAGAGGGUUCACUGACUCACAGAAGGAGGAGUACUUCAGGAAGAGAUUUACAGAUGAGGAGCAGGCUGACAAAAUCUUGUUCCACAUCAAGGCAUCCAGAAGCCUCCACAUCAUGUGCCACAUCCCAGUCUUCUGCUGGAUCACUGCUACAGUUCUGGAGGAUGUGUUGAAGACCAGAGAGGGAGGAGAUUUGCCUAGGACCCUGACUGAGAUGUACAUCCACUUCCUGGUAGUUCAGUCCAAACGGAAGAGCAUCAAGUAUGAUGGAGGAGCUGAGACAGAUCCACAAUGGAAUCCAGAGAGCAGGAAGAUGAUUGAGUCUCUGGGAAAACUGGCUUUUGAGCAGCUGCAGAAAGACAACUUGAUCUUCUAUGAAUCAGACCUGACAGAGUGUGGCAUCGAUAUCACAGCAGCCUCGAUGUGCUCAGGAGUGUUCACACAGAUCUUUAAAGAGGAGAGAGGACUGUACCAGGAAAAUGUCUUCUGCUUUGUCCAUCUGAGUGUUCAAGAGUUUCUGGCUGCUCUUCAUGUCCAUCUGACAUUCAUUAACACUGGAGUCAACCUGCUGUCAGAAGAACAGACAACUUCCAUGAACUGUGAAACACAAAAAGGCAAAUAUGCAGAGACUCACUUCUAUCAGAGCGCCGUAGACAUGGCCUUACACAGUCCAAAUGGACACUGGGACUUGUUCCUCCGCUUCCUCCUGGGACUUUCACUACAGACCAAUCAGAAUCUCCUACGAGGCCUACCGGCACAGACAGGAUGUCUCUCUCCAGAGAAAAGCAUCAAUCUGUUCCACUGUCUGAAUGAACUUAAUGACUGUUCUCUGGUGGAGCAGAUCCAACAGUACCUGAGAUCAGGACGUCUCUCCACAGAUAAACUUUCUCCUGCUCAGUGGUCAGCUCUGGUCUUCAUCUUACUGUCGUCAGAGAAAGAUCUGGACGUGUUUGACCUGAAGAAAUACUCUGACUCAGAGGAGGCUCUUCUGAGGCUGCUGCCAGUGGUCAAAGCCUCAAACAAAGCUAUAUUGAGUGGCUGUAACCUAUCAGAGAGAAGCUGUGAAGCUCUGUCCUCAGUUCUCAGCUCCCAGUCCACUAGUCUGAAAGAGCUGGACCUGAGUAACAACAACCUGCAGGAUUCGGGAGUCAAGCGUUUGUCUGCUGGACUGUCGAGUCCACACUGUACCCUGGAAACUCUCAGGCUGUCAGGCUGUCUGAUCACAGAGGGGGGAUGUGCUUCUCUGGCCUCAGCUCUGAGCUCCAACCCGUCCCAUCUGAGAGAGCUGGACCUGAGUUACAAUCACCCAGGAGAAUCGGGAGUGAAGCCGCUGUCUGCUGGAGUAGAGGAUCCGCACUGGAGACUGAAGACUCUCAGGACGGAGCCUGGUGGAGUCCAGUGGUCGAGACCAGGUCUGAGGAAGUAUUCCUGCAAGCUCACGCUUGACAUAAACACAGUGAACAGGAAGAUCAAACUGUCUGACGUCAAUAGGAAGAUGUCCCACGUGGAGGAGGAUCAGUCAUAUCCUGAUCAUCCAGACAGAUUUGACUACUGGCCUCAGCUGCUGUGUCGAGAUGGUCUGACUGGCCGCUGUUACUGGGAGGUGCAGUGGAGUGGAAGACUUCACAUAGCAGUGACUUACAGAGGAAUCAGCAAGAAAGGGAAUGGAUAUGAGUGUUUGUUUGGAAGGAAUGAUCAGUCCUGGAGUCUGGUCUGCUCUGAUACCAUUGGUUACUCUGUGUGGCACAACAACAAAGCAACAUACAUCACCACCUCCUCCGCCUCCGCCUCUGACAGGGUAGCGGUGUAUGUGGACUGGCCUGCUGGCACUCUGUCCUUCUACAGAGUCUCCUCUGACACGCUGAUCCACCUCCACACCUCCAACACCACAUUCACUGAACCUCUUUAUCCUGGGUUCAGGUUCUGGUCUGACAGGCCUGGGUCCUCAGUGUCUCUGUGUCCUCUGUAGGAGGGAGACUCUCCUCCUGUUAGAGAAGCAAUCAAUAACUUAUGAUCAUUAAACAGUGUAUAAAUUCUACCUGUGUUCUGUUUGUAUUUGAGUUUUUCCAUUAUCCCAAAUGUUUCCAACAAAGUUUAAACUCAGAGAAAUGUGUCAUAUUAUUCAGGUAACGCUGUUUCACUUGUCUCCUGUCGAUGACGUCAUAUCCCCUUUGUGCCUGCGUCAGCGUUGUGGUUGUCUGCCAGAAGCUGUCAUCAUUGACUCCUCUUUUAUGUUUUAAUCUUCUUUAUGUGCAGAUCAGUGUUAUUUGUUAUGAUUAUUUAGGUUAUCUAUUUAUUUGCAGGGGUGGGAAAUAAAGUACAAAUACUGUUACUGUA